GGGCCGCUCCCCGCUUUCCCAGCCCGCGCGGGGCUCUGCGUGUCUCGGGUGGGCAGCGGCUGCUGAACUUCCCGGGAAGUGCGAGCGAGAGGCAGCCAGAGGCGGCGACCGCAGCACAAGGGGUCGGUGGUUGGCACCCGCCGGAGCACAGCAGCCCAGUAAUGUCAACAUGAUGUCACCUGUGAAUGAUAUGUGGUGCUAUCACUGGAAACGGAAGCUGCAGCAUUUUCUGUAUUUAUUGACUAUCUACAUGAUAUGUGCACAGGAUUUGGUUCUUGGAUGCUCUGAUUGCAGGAUAUCGCUGUCCAACCCCACGGGAAUCUUCACCUCUCCCUGCUUUCCCAGUGAUUACCCUAACAGCCAAGCAUGCAAGUGGACCCUCCGAGCUCCUCCUGGAUUCAUCAUUCAGAUAACAUUUAUUGAGUUUGACAUUGAAGAAGCUCCGAACUGCAUUUAUGAUUCAUUAACUCUAGACACUGGAGAGAAGAAUCAGGUUAAGUUUUGUGGCGUCACUGCGAAAGGAUUAUCAUUUAACUCCACUGGAAAUGAAAUGAUCAUAACUUUUGCAAGUGACUUUAGUAUCCAAAAGAGAGGCUUCAGUGCCAGCUAUACCCGAGUUGCUGUUUCUCUGAGGAAUCAGAAAGUCGUCAUCCCCCAAACUCCAGAUGUUGACCCUGUGUCUGUGGCAAAAACAGUUCCAGUACCAGUGCUUAGCCAGUUCACACUCUGCUUUGAAGCAACCAAAGCCAGCAAUGAUGCCAGUGACUGGAAGGCUUUCUCCUACCGUGAUCCUAUGUCAACAGAACUCCUCAGUUUUGGAAAGACCUCAAAAGGCCACUUCCUAUCAAUCUCAGGCACAGAGUGCAUACUAGACAGUGUCCUCAUGACAAAUUCAAAUGGAGAUUUUUUCACAGAAACUUUUGAACAAUUGUGCAUAGUAUGGGAUGGCUUCUCUGGCACUAUAGGUGUAAAUGGCAAGAGCAUCUAUCACAUGGUUCUCUGCUCAGGUACCCUUGGCCAGGUUAUCCCUGGCAAUGGAAAAUUGGUGUUGGGCUCUGACAGCAAUGAAUUAAGCUCUUUAAAUGGGGACAUAUACAACUUUCGUCUUUGGAACUUCACCAUGAGUUCCCAAAAGCUGUCCAACCUCAGCUGUGAUGUGAAAGGAAACAUUGUAGACUGGGAAAAUGACUUCUGGAGUAUCCCAACUUCAGCAUUGAAAGCAGAAAACAAUCUAAGUUGUGGCUCAUACCUAAUUCUCCCACCUACAACUGAACCAACUAGUUGUGAAUAUCUUGGAAGCCUUUGCCAAGGGGGGCAAUUCUACAGGAUUUCCAUUACUGUCUUCAAUUACAAGCCCAUCUUACAGUCAAAAGUACAGAGUGUAGUGGCCGAAUGGCUAAAUCAGACCUUCCAGAACUGGAAUUAUACCGUGUAUGUGGUCAAUAUCAGUAUUCAGCCAACCACUGUGAAUGAACUGCCAAGGGAGAAAAGAAGCGCUGAUCAAAGAUUUGUGGUUUGGGCUCUUCUGGUUUACAACUCUACCAACAACAUCAGUUUAGAAGAGGAAGCCAUCCGACAGAAACUCAUAAGCAAUAAUGAAACCAUAGGGGACGGACUGAGGGUCCAUACAGUGGAUGUUGAUCCAGUAGAAAAAUGUACAGCUGAAGAAAACCCUCUGAACUAUUUCUGGCCAGAUACUAGACCCACUUUAACCAACUUUACAUUGUGCCAUGGGAGCUCAGUCCAGAUUGCAUCAAGAACAUGUUUUUUAAACCCGCACAACUAUACAUCAUACUGGGGCCAACCUGAUCUUAGAAAUUGCACAGAAAAUGCAGCUGAUAUAGCCAAUCAACUUCUGAAUCUCACUGGUGAAGGGCAGCAGCUGACCUCUGACAAAGUCAAUGAUGUUGUCCAGAAACUUAAAAAAAUUGUGAACGAUGAAGAAAUUGAUGCAUCUUUGGGUUCUACUGUGGUGACAAUUUUUUCCAAUAUUUUAACGAGUUCAGACAGUGUGUUGGCAGCAUCAUCUUCUGAAGCUUUAAAAACUAUUGAUACUUUAGCCUUAAAGAUUCAGUUCACUGGACCAUCCAUGAGCAUCUCAACUCGGAACCUGGCACUUGGAGUUUCUUCUAUUAAUUCAACUUCAUUUAGUGGAUCCUCCUUCAGUGUUGGUCCCCAGAACAAUGCUUCAGAUUUUCAGUUAGAUUUUGACAAGACUCAAGGAAAUGCCCUGGCUUCUGUUGUUCUGCCCUCAAGUUUACUGAAGAAUUUAAGUCAAGAUGAGUUUGAAGCUGUAUCUAGGGCUCAGUUUACAUUCUUCAACAAAAAUGGACUUUUCCAGGAUGCAGAAAUGAAUGCCAAUUUAACCAGUUUUGUAGUGGCAUGCAGUAUUGGAAAUGUUACCAUCCGGGACCUUCAGGAUGCUGUCAAAAUUACAAUUAAACAUACCCUGUUCCAGGAGGAUCUUAAUCCUACCUGCGUCUUCUGGGAUAUGAACAAAAACAAUGGUAAUGGCGGCUGGAAUCCCACAGGCUGCAUUGCACAAGCAGAAUCAAACGAGAAUGAGACAGUUUGCUUAUGCAAUCACCUCACACACUUUGGGGUGCUAAUGGACCUCCAGGGAACUGCUUCACAAAUAGAUCCACAAAAUAACAAAGUCCUCACCUUUAUCACCUACAUUGGUUGUGGGAUAUCUGCCAUAUUUUCAGCUGCAACUCUUCUGACAUAUAUUGCUUUUGAGAAGUUACGAAGAGAUUACCCCUCCAAAAUCUUAAUGAACUUGAGCACAGCCCUGCUCUUUCUCAACCUGGUCUUCCUGCUUGAUGGUUGGAUUGCAUCAUUCAACAUAGAAGGCCUCUGCAUAGCUGUUGCAUCCCUUUUGCACUUUUUCCUUCUGGCCACCUUUACGUGGAUGGGACUGGAAGCAGUCCACAUGUACAUUGCUCUAGUAAAAGUGUUCAACACCUACAUACGGCGAUACAUACUGAAAUUUUGCAUUAUUGGCUGGGGUUUACCUACGCUGGUGGUAGCAAUUGUAUUAGCAAGCACAAAUACAAAUGCAAGUCGUAUCUAUGGCAAAGUUGUAUAUGGCAGAGAUGCUAAAGAGCAAGGAGGAGAUGAUUUCUGCUGGAUCAAGGAUAAGGUUGUCUUUUAUGUGACUUGUGCUGGUUACUUUGGAAUUAUGUUUCUUAUGAACAUAGCCAUGUUCGUGGUGGUGAUGGUGCAGAUCUGCGGAAGGAAUGGGAAACGAAGCAAUCGGACCCUGCGGGAAGAGGUCCUGAGGAAUCUUCGUAGCAUGGUCAGCCUGACCUUCCUGUUGGGCAUGACAUGGGGUUUUGCCUUUUUUGCAUGGGGCCCCUUACAUCUCCCUUUCAUGUACCUGUUCGCAAUAUUCAAUUCAUUGCAAGGUUUAUUUAUAUUUGUAUUCCACUGUGCUAUGAAAGAGAAUGUGCAGAAACAAUGGAGGAGGCAUCUCUGUUGUGGCAGAUUCCGACUGGCAGACAACUCAGACUGGAGCAAGACAGCAACUAAUAUUAUAAAGAAAAGCUCAGAUAAUAUUGGGAAAUCCUUGUCCUCCAGUUCUAUUGGCUCCAACUCAACCUAUCUGACAUCCAAAUCUAAAUCCACUUCAAAUACAUACUUCAAAAGAAACAGCCAUACAGAUAAUGUCUUCUAAGAGCAUUUCCUCAGCAGAGGUGGAACAUUCCAGACAAUACUUUCGUUGACAAAUCCUCAUCAAAGUUUGCCCAAGUGGAUGGAGAGCAGACAUCAAUCAUCCCAGUCCAUCAGGUUAUUGACAAAGUCAAAGGGUGCUACAGUGCUCACUCAGACAACUUCUAUAAAAAUAUCAUGAUGUCAGACACAUUCAGCCAUAGCACAAAGUUCUGAUCGGGUUUCUGAACUUCUGAACCACAAGACAACAUGCAACCUGGAGAUUCUAAACAAUGGAGUACUUGGAGAGUGAGUGGGGAGAAUUAUAUUACCAGAUUUAGUCAUUUUCCCCAUGGUAUAUUGUCGUCCUCUUAACAGCUUCUUCUUGAGAAAAGGUUUUUUCCCCAUUAAAAGAGUCAGUCAUUUUCUCGUACAUAGUACUGAUACUGACAUUUUCCCACCAUGAAAUAAAGACUGUUUUCAAACAUCAGCUCUAUCCCAGCCAACAGGAUACUGGGACAGCUAAUUUAGGUGUGGUCCUAUGGGUAUAUUUGCAAGACUGAAGAAGUUCCAUAAGCCCAUCUCUCAAUAAUGUCAGAGCUGAAUGGUAACAAGACUUGGGUCUGUUAGAGAAAACAGGAGAAGUAUCCCAUAGUACACACAAGAUCUUGGAUGCAGCAGUCUUAGUCAGUCUCGUCUUCAUGAGAAAUGUGGAUUUUCCUUACUGUAUUUGUUAAACUCUUGCUGUUUAGGUAUCCAUUGCCUGCAGUGUUUUCCACGGGUGAGGAAAGCCCUAACUCGAGUGUCAAAGGGUUAUUUUGACCAAAUGAAUAUGUAAAUCUUCAGGGCUAACCACACAAAGAAAAUUGGAUCCAAAUAUUGCAUACAGAAACUAGUCUAUAAACUCUGGACAGCAUUGAAUCCAUAUGCACAGAAAACCAUUUAUCACAUACAUGCGCACCAGGAUUUGCUUGUGAUAAGGGUGUGCAAGCCACUGAUAACUCUCCCACAAAUUUUAAGCCCAUAUCUGUGUGUGUGUGUGGUUUCAGUUGGUUCAGCAUGAGUAAAAAAAGCGAGUGCUAGACUUUACACAAAGGCAUAUGUUUCAAUAUUCAUUGAUUUACAAAAAGGGGACACCUCCCAUUGUAACUACCACACUGGUAUGUGUGAGCCCAUGCUGAUUGCUCAUGUUGGUCAAGUGAAAUGGGAGUCAUUAGCAUGUACAUUCAUAGGAAAUAUUACAAAGGACUCCACAGUUUGUAAAUCAAAUAGUGCUAUAAGUUUGUUAGUUACAAUACUGCACAGAUCCCUUGUAAGCCCAGGUUAGCUUGUCCAUUUUCUAUAUUGUGGCCCUAUUCUGUGUACAGAGAACUUCUGUCACAUGACACUGCAAUUUAUGAUGGCUCUCAAGGUCACAGUACAUUACACAAUAGCUUUCAGCAUCUACCUGUGGACUUGCAUUAUCCACAUCUUCAAGCUUUCACUGGCAGCUGCUGAUUAAACUAAAUAUAGAUCCGUACUGUUUGAGAUGCAAUGACCAAGCAACAUAGACUGAGUUCUGUAUUAUUGUGCUAUGCACAGAAGUGUGUGCAGAAGUAAAAGAAGAACAUAAAAUACUUUACUUUUCUAAGCCAUGGCACCAUAUGGCCAUUUCUAACACUAUUCUCAAAAGUGCACAACUAUUCUUGAAAAUAUGUAGAAACCUAUGCCAGAUUGUGAAACACCCGUAAAUGCACAUUUUGUUUAAAAUGUCAGCAAUAGAGCUGGCCAAAAAAUGGGAUUUUUCCAUGAAAAUUUCAAAAAAAAUGUUUCCAAAAAAGGCAUUUUCCCAAAAAGGCCAUUUUUCAUCAAAUUAUUUUUACCUAAAAAUUUCAAUCAGUUUUGUUGAUCACACUUCCACAAACCAUUGGUCUGAUGUCAUACAGCUAUUGAUUAGUUCUCAGUUAAGAAGCAAUUAGAUAUUCCGUAUCAGGGUAUUUGGAUUUGUACCUCCAUGGCCUCUUUGCAUCCACUUGUUUACAAAGAUCAUUUUAUUCUGUGCCCACACAAAUGGAAUAUUAUCCUUAACUACAAACACCUUGAUCACUGCAGGGAAGACAUAUAUUUUAAUCACAUUCAAUCUUAAAACACUGUUCUGAAGUAAAGGUCCUACAAAUAACCCAACCAAACCUUUUUCACAUUAGCGCAAAAUCCUUACAUGUCUGUAUACGCUAAAUUCAUUCCUAUUGACGUCAAAUGUAAUUAUACUAGGGAUGAAUUUGGUCAAAUACUUUUAUCAAGGAAAAGAAUUUAGGGAAAAUUUAUGUAUGAGCAUUUACAGAACUUGUAUAUUAUCAUCCCACCUGCCUACCUGCAGUAGAUAAUAGUGUUCAGAUAGUAGCUUACUGUGAGACUUCUACCUGUCUAGGAUGUUCUACAGUGACAAGAAGGAAAAAAAAUACUUCUGGACAUUAAGGAAUUAAUGAAACACAGUCGUUCAAUAAAAUAUGAAGUAAAGAGUAAAAGAAAUAUCCUGGCUGAAGCCUAGCUGUAACCUAACCAACAGAUUCAUGUACAGUUGCCUAUAUUUUUGCUAAAUUAAGAAUUUGCUCCUUUUUUACUACCAUGUAGUACUCCUUAACUGUCUAUUUCAAAUGUUCUUGGAUGCUCUCACUUUUGCAAUGUAAAAUCUCUGCUUUGUUGUUGAUGUCACAACCUCCCUUGUAUAUAUAUAUUUAUUUGUGAGGUUAAAUAUGUCAACAUAUAUUUUAGCUCCAUAAUCUCUGUCCUUGUUAUUUUAAGCUUCUAAUUCAUCAUAGGAGGAGAGGGAAAGAAUAACCUCUCAUACUUUUUCCAAAAUUGUGAAAUAGUUUACUGUAGUUGUAUCUUUUACCAAUACGAGAGAAAAAUGACAGUAAUUUGAAAUGGUAGUUAGUGGAAGUUAGUGUAACUGAUUUAAAGAUAGACUAAAGUGGAAAGAAAUAUUUUUUCAAAUAAAUAGUCAUGUUAUUAGUGUUACAAAGAAUUAAAAUAUUUUAAUAAUGAUUUUUUUCUUUCUUACAGUUCAGUGGGAAAACUUUAGUUGGUGGAAUGUUGGAAAAUAACCUGCUGCUUAUUCAGUAUGUGUACUGGGGUUUGCUUAGCCAAAACUCUGGGAAUAAAUCCAGUCAAGCCGGGAAUGUAUUUUGCACAA